GUCGGUGGCACUGAUCUUACAUAUCGCUGCGAGGACGACAAAACAUAAUAGUCGUUUAGUAACACUCUGAAGUUUUGUAAAUUAAGUGUAUUCAAACCAGUAAGAUGCUGGUCUGGAUAUGGCUGGGUUGCCUCGUGACCGCAAUAAUUUUGUACUUGUGGCAAGUAUACGGUUUCUUUAAAAGGCGAGGCGUGAGGACACCCAAGGUCAUCCCGCCUUUUGGCACUAUUAUGAAGGUUGUGACACGACGAAAUCAUUUUGUUGAAGUUCUUUCUGAAGAUUAUAACAAAUUUUCUGAUCAAAGAUUCUACGGUACGUUCAGUUUCCUCAAGCCGAUUGUGUAUGUGAGAGACAUCGAGCUAAUCAAGAAAAUUGUCAUCAAGGACUUCGAGCACUUCCUCGAUCACAACCAUUUCUUUAAUGAGGAGUUCGAUCAGUUUUUUGGAAAGAAUCUUCUCUCUUUAAAAGGUCAAGAAUGGAAGGACAUGCGAUCAACUCUCAGCCCUGCAUUUACCAGCUCGAAAAUGAAGAUGAUGCUGCCACUGAUGGUGGAGGUUGGAGAUCAGAUGAUCCUCUCGCUUAAAACGAAAAUCAAGGAGUCUAAACAGGGUUGUUUGGACAUCGAUGUGAAAAACCUAACGACCAGAUGCGCGAAUGACGUAAUUGCAUCUUGUGCCUUUGGUCUAAAAGUGGAUUCUCACAAGGAUGAGGACAACCAAUUUUAUGUAAUGGGAAAAACUGCUUCUUCUGCGGCGUUCAGUUUCCGUCAACUUAUCAAUAUUUUCUACCGGACGUUAAUACCGAAGGCAAUUGCAAUAUUCAAAUUUGGCCGGUUCCCGGCAUCAGUGGAGAACUUCUUCAGGUCGCUGGUAUUGGAGACAAUGCAGAACAGGGAGCUACAACAUAUAAUUCGGCCUGACAUGAUACAUCUGCUGAUGCAAGUUAAGAAAGGGAAACUGGCCCAUGAAGAGAAAUCAAGCCAAGACUUGAGCGCCGGCUUCGCCACCGUGGAAGAAUCAUCGGUUGGCCAGAAAGAAGUGAACAGGGUAUGGUCGGACGACGAACUGUGCGCCCAAGCUACCCUAUUCUUCGUGGCUGGCUUUGAGACCGUAUCUACUAUGAUGGCGUUCCUGCUACACGAGCUGGCUAUCAAUCCUGACGUGCAAGAGAAAUUGUACAAGGAAAUCAAAGAGAACGAGGCCAAAAACAACGGGAAAUUUGACUAUAAUUCUAUACAGAAUAUGGUUUAUAUGGACAUGGUGGUAUCAGAAACAAUGAGGUUAUGGCCGUCGGGCUUCUUACUGGACAGACACUGUACCAAAGACUACAACUUGGGUAAACCGAAUGAUGCAGCUACUGAAGAUUUCAUUAUCCGCAAAGGCGAAGCACUAGCGAUCAACGUGUGGGGGAUCCAUCACAAUCCUGAGUACCACCCAAAACCUGGCAAGUUCGACCCUGAGAGAUUCUCUGAAGAGAACAAACACAAGAUCCAGCCCUUCACUUACAUGCCGUUUGGACUUGGACCCAGAAAUUGUAUCGGUUCAAGAUUUGCCCUUUGCGAAGUGAAAGUAAUGGUGUAUCAGCUCCUAAAUUCCUUCGAAAUAUCGCCGUCGAACAGAACAAGCAUACCUGCGAAGUUGGACCCCGCCUCGCUCAGCAUUUACAUAAAAGGAGGUCAUUGGGCCCGAUUUAAGACUCGGAAAGCUUUGUAAAUAAAAAAAAUACAAAAAUAUACAAUCGACGCGAACGAAUAAAAUGGUCUUAUUGCAAAAAUGACAAUCA